UCGGAAACGUGUUUGGUGGGGGAAGGGGCCGUGCGCACGCGCGCAGGGUUCUAGUUCAGGAAGUCGCUCAUAAGCAGCUGAUGCCGAGACCUCUGCUGUUCCGGUGGAAGGAGGCUUAACGACUCUCGAAAGAAAUAGUAAAAGAAAUGUUUCCAUCGGAAAAGCAGAGCACUGCUUGAGAGAACCAGCCAUUUGGAAUGAGUAGAGCAGAAGGUGUCGUUUUUGUAAGACAUUAAUGGUGUGUCUUCGGCUAAACAAUAGCCGAUUUCGCUGUUUUUGUCGUGGGCCGGUUGGUUGUCGUGGGAUCUAGCCUAACAAUGAAGGCCUAACCUUCGUACUCGGUGGGAUUUAAUCCUUGGAUUGAUCUGUCGACAGAUAACUGCGCAUCGUGGAAAAAGGUUUAGGUAUGGCCUCCCAGCUGCAGGUGUUCUCCCCUCCCUCUGUGUCGUCCAGUGCUUUCUGCCGAGUGAAGAAGAUGAAGGUCGAGAGCUGUGCAUGGGAGGUGUCGACUGAGCCCUACGGCUCCGUGGGUCAGGCCUAUGGCUUCACGCCGUCGGCCGCCCUGCCCUUCAACUCCUCUGGCCUGGUGUUCCCACCCGCCGGGGCGUCCCGCGGGCAGGUGGUGGUGCGGGCAGCGGACAGCACCGGCAGUCUCCCCCGCACCUCCCACAACAGCAACAACAACAACAACAGUGGCGGCAGUGGCAGUCAGCACGGCGACUCCCACGGCAGCCGGGGGCAGAGGUACGGUGUGAAGCGGAAGAACGAGGAGGUGGACUCGUCGAGUGGCGGCGGCAGUGGUAGUGGCAGCGUACAGAUCCUGGAGGAGCUCUCUGCACCGGCCUUCUCCGCCCGCGCAGCCGGUGGUGGGGGCAACACGGCCCAGUCCAUUGCCAACUCGGCCCCUACCACCAAGAGCAGCAGCUCCAAUGGCGAGGGCGACUACCAGCUGGUGCAGCACGAGAUCCUCUGCUCCGUGUCCAGCAGCUACGAGGUGCUGGAGUUCCUUGGCCGCGGGACCUUCGGACAGGUCGCCAAGUGCUGGAAGCGUGGCACCAACGAGAUUGUGGCCAUCAAGAUCCUCAAAAACCAUCCUUCAUAUGCACGUCAAGGCCAGAUAGAGGUGAGCAUUCUGAAGUGCCUGAGUGCGGAGAACGCGGACGAGUUUAACUUUGUGCGCUCGUACGAGUGCUUCCAGCACAAGGGCCACACGUGCCUGGUGUUCGAGAUGCUGGAGCAGAACCUGUACGACUUCCUGAAGCACAGCAAGUUCAGCCCUCUGCCUCUGCGCCACAUCCGGCCCGUGCUGCAGCAGGUGGCCACGGCGCUCAUGAAGCUCAAGAGCCUCGGCCUCAUCCACGCCGACCUCAAGCCCGAGAACAUCAUGCUGGUCGACCCCAUCCGCCAGCCGUACCGGGUCAAGGUCAUCGACUUCGGGUCGGCCAGCCAUGUCUCCAAAGCGGUCUGUUCCACGUACCUGCAGUCUCGCUACUACAGGGCUCCUGAGAUCAUCCUGGGCCUGCCCUUCUGCGAGGCCAUUGACAUGUGGUCACUGGGCUGCGUCAUCGCCGAGCUCUUCCUGGGAUGGCCACUCUACCCCGGCGCCUCAGAGUACGAUCAGAUCCGGUACAUAUCUCAGACACAGGGUCUGCCAGCAGAGUACCUCCUGAGUGCUGGGACCAAGACCAGCCGCUUCUUCAACAGGGGCCCAGACUCCAGCUACCCGCUCUGGAGGUUAAAGACUCCGCUAGAGCACGAAGCCGAGAUGGGCAUCAAGUCCAAAGAGGCACGGAAGUACAUCUUCAACUGCCUGGAUGACAUGAUGCAGGUAAACCUGUCCGCUCACCUGGAGGGAACGGACAUGCUGGCGGAGAAGGCUGACCGGCGGGAGUUCAUCGACCUCCUGAAGAGGAUGCUGCGCCUGGACGCCGAUAAGAGGAUCACGCCUUCCAAGACCCUCGCCCACCCGUUUGUCACGAUGAGCCACCUCCUGGACUUUCCACAUAGCUCCCAUGUCAAGUCAUGCUUCCAGAACAUGGAGAUCUGUAAACGCAGGAGCAGCUCGUACGACAGCGGGAAAACCUUGUUUGCUGCUAACACGGUCCCUGGAGCCGCGGGGAACCUUACCGUCACCUUCAGUAGCCAGCUCAACCAGCACAACCAGGUGCCGUCAGCAGGAGGCGCUGUGCCACUGCUGAACUACCAGCCGGCGCUGUACCAGCAGGCCACCAUCAACAUCCCGGGCCUGACGCAACCCAGCCUGCCCAUGCAGGCCCGCACUACACAGCUCUGCGGCCAGCCUGAGCCCUUCCAGCAGACCCUCAUCGUCUGCCCCCCCACCACUAUACAAGGGCUCCAGUCUUCCAGCAAGGGGUCCAGUUAUCCGGUGAGGAUGGACAACUCCGUGCCUCUGGGACAGCAGGGCCAGUCCUCCCAGCCUCUACAGCUCCAACCGGGCAUGCUCACACAGGGCUCCUGCACGCCUCUGAUGGUGGCCACCCUGCACCCGCACUCAGCCGGGGUGGCACCCCAGUACCCGCUGCCCCUGGCACUGGGCUGCGGGGGGCCCAGGCCCACCCUCCUGGAACAGACGGCCACUGUGCUGCAGGCCUGGCCGUCGGGCACGCAGCAGAUCCUGAUCCCGUCGGCAUGGCAGCAGGUCCCGGGCGUGGCCAUUCACAGCGGAGGGCACACAGCGGUUGAGUCGCCACUAGUGACCGAUGCGUCCGCCGUCCAGCACACACCCGGCUGGAGGGGCUCCCACAGUGGUCAGCACAGCGGCGUGUUGCAGCAGAACCCUCACAUCCUGGGUGGCCAUCUCACCCUUGACCCCACGCAGUCACUGGGCAGAGGGGUGGGGCACGGUGGGCGGUCCCAACAAGAGAGGGGUGGGGGCAAGAGGAACAGGGGGCGGCGCCAGGAGAGCAGGAACAGUGGUCCUCUGAUUGGCACACCAGCGUACACCGCCACACUCUCUCAGCCAAUCGUCAUCUCAGACACACCUAGCCCUGCUGUCAGUGUCAUAACCAUCCACAGUGACACUGAGGACGAGGAUGAAAGGAAGUUUCACCCAGCGAGCUGUGGCCCCAACCAGCGUGCAAAUGUCAUCAGCUGUGUGACGGUGCACGACUCUGAUUCGUCCAGCCCCCUGACCCCGCGACCUCGGCACGCCCUCCUGCGUGGAGGGUCCACCCGCGGGUCCAAGUCUCUGGCGGUGGUGGCGCCCUCCGUGAAGACGCAGCAGGGAGAGGGCACCACUUCUAAAGGGGCGUCCAUCACAGGUAAUUCCCAGAGCGGCUACCUGAAGCCCAAGCGUGCUGCCACCAGGCAGCCGUGCAGCUCCGGAGAGAGUGUGGAGCGCCACCUGCAGGCGCCCAGCAGAUCACAGCCGCUGAACCUCAGCCAGCCCACUCUGGUGUCCUCCUCUUCCUCUUCCUCCUCAUCGUCCUCCUCGUCUCAGGAGCGAGGCAGCGGUGGCGGCUCACUUCGUCGGCAGCACACCUAUCCACCGGCGGGCGUCCCCCCCACCUCCUCCUCCUCCUCCUCUUCCCCUCCUCCAUGA